AUAGUCGCUGAGCCCACUCCUAAACUCCACGAUUUCAAUCCACUUCCAGUGGUAUGCGUUCAUGGUGAUGUCCCUGUAGAAUGUGUCGAUGGAGUAACAUUUCCACACAAAAGUCACUAUCUUAUGGGAUUAAAGCCAGACUUUCUCGAAGCUUUUGCAAAUACUGUGAUGGAACAUGAUAAGCUUCAAAUCACGAAUGCAAGCAUGCUUCUGAAAGAACAAGAUUCCUCUGUGUUCGCUCUUUGUUCACCACGUAUAGUUCAAAAGACUGGCCAACAAUCGGACGUGAAAGUCAACGGCUUGCCGAGCAGGGAUGCCGUCUCGGACGUAUAUCAGGGCUCCAGUGAUGUCCAACGACCUCUUCAUGUCCAAGUGAAUGGAUUUGGAAAGGCCCCGUCACAGCACGUUCCUUCGUCUUCUCUAUCAACGCCUCUCCAACCUUCCCCAUCCCCAGUUACUUUGCACGAAGGCUGCAAUUCUGCGGCUAGUUCUUCACAGUCCUAUAAAACGAUAGGCAAGUUGUUUGUUUUUGGUGGAAUAAUUUUCUCGUGCAUCUUUGAUAUGCAUACUGUUCACACGUCAAUAUAUGCUUAG